AUGACCACUUUCCUUAGCAAGAAGGGCACUCUGGGGGCCGCGCUGAGUUUGUCGGUUGCAACGAUCGGCGCAGGGACAAUCGCGUUGCCCUCGACUUUUGAGGACUGUGGAAUCAUCCCUGUCGUUGCGUUCAUGAUUCUCGUUGGGGUUUUUACCGUCAUUUCAAUUGACUACCUCAUUCUUUGUGUCGAGACCGUGCAGCUGCGGUCGUAUGAAGACAUCUCUAGAGAAUUGCUGGGACUUUUUUUUGAGCAACUGGCUCGCUGGAUGCUUAUUGUCUUCAAUAUCGGCGUCGCGGCGGGCUACAUUGUCGUUAUUGGGGAUAUCUUCGAACUCUUGCUGCCGAUCAUCAGAGUUUACUUGCCAUUUUUCGAUGACCCCAUGCGGAUCACAUUGGCGAUUUGGGCAUGUGUGAUGCUGCCCCUGGCAUGCGUUCCACAGGUGUCAUCUCUACGUUUUGUAUCCAUAGUGGCAAUUGCCUCAACGUUUUUUAUCUCAGGUGUCAUUACCUACCGAUACUUUGCACCACAGCAUCCAUCAGCGACAGAGAGGCGUCACGGUGCGAAGUAUAUUUCUCUGUCACGUCGCAUGGUGUUGACGUUGCCGAUAUUGAUGUUUUCCUUUGACUGUCAAACAUUGGUCUUUCAGCUCUACGCCGGUAUUGGCGAAAAGACCCAAAAAGGAAUGAGGAAAGUAUCUAUACUUAGCAUUCUGGUUACUGGGUUGGUUUAUUUUACGCUGGGUCUUUUUGGUUACCUGUCGAAUACGCCGCACGUUCAUGGUAACAUUUUAACAAACUACGAUCCUGUAAAGGACAGGCUGUUCGCAGUGGGGGAUGCCAUGUACUCCUUUACAGUUAUCACGGCCUACGUUCUCGUCUUAUUUCCUUGUCGUGAUGCCGCAUUUAUACUGCUGUACGGAUACAGUACUGCAACACAUGAGUCUUGUCAUGAUGCCAUAUCUACGAAGGACAACCUAAUAGCAACUUGUUUACUUUCUGUAAUAAGUCUUUUAUUGGCCUUGAAAGCCCCUGGAAUUCUUUUCAUUAUCGCAUUAUUAGGAGGUCUUUGUAGUAGCAGCUUUUGUUUUACACUUCCCGCCGCCUUUCGUCUUCGCUUACAUGCGUUGGGUAUUGCACCGGCUUCAUCAUGGGAACUAUUUGUUGCUUUGGCCAUGCUGAGCCUGGGUUGUAUUGGUGGCGUGAUGGGCACGGUGGUGCUGUGCACCGGGAUGAGCUAA